AUGGAAGGGCUUAAGAAAACUUCGAUUUUGUUGUUCCUCAUCGCGCUAACCACUAUCACCAGCGCAUUAGAAGCAAGAAAAGUACUCCACAACAUACCAGAGAAGAUCAUCGGUGGGGUCAUUGACAUUGUCCAGAGCCACAAGAACAAGCCCACCCAGCAGACCACGACUGUCCAAACCCAGACGCAGCAGCAGGUCUACCAGCCUGGAUACCCUCAGCAGUACGCUCCAUGGAACACGGGGUACCAGACCCAAGGGCAGUACCAAGGACAGUAUAACUAUGGGAACGCUCAAGCUGGCAACACUUAUCCCCAAGGAGGUUAUAACAACCAAGGUUACCCAUCAGGCCAGUAUGCAGGCUCCCAGGCACAGAUCCAAGGACAGUAUCAGACGUAUCCGCAGAAUCAGGCUGGUCAAUUCCAAGUUCAAAAUCAACAGUCUGGUUUUGAAGGUCAGCAGGUAAAUCAGUUCCAGGGUAAUGUGCAAGCUGGAGUUCAAGGUCAGCAAGGACAAGUUCAGGGUCAAAAUCAGCAGUUCCAAAAUCAUAAUCAGCAGGCAGGACAGUUUGUGAAUCAAAAUCAGUUUGCGAGUGGAAACUAUCAAGGAGGUCAGCAAAGCGGUCAGGUUAAUUAUCAGAAUCAACCUUCAGGUGGCUUUGUACAGUCCCAGCCGACUGGAUCCUAUGGUGGCCAUCAGCAAUCUAGCACCAACCAGCAGUCCGGUAAUUUUGGGAGCAACCAGCAGUCUGGUAGCUUUGGAGGCAACCAACAGUCAACAUUUGUGGGACAAACUCAACCAGUCAACAGCUUUGUUGGACAGACUCAACCUGCGAAUAAUUUCGUAGGGACUCAACCUCAAGGUCAGGUAACCCAGCCUGCCUUUGUGGGACAAAACCAGCCGUCGUACAUUCAAGGACAGGCAGGUAACCAGGGACAUUUUGUAUCAGGAGGUACUGGCUCCACCGGUAACUACCAAGUGACAUCAGGUCAGAACUCCUCUGGACUGGGUCCUACUUGUGUCUGCCAAGCCUGGACUAAGCCUCAAAAUGGAAUACUUAAUGAUAAUGGAACGCAGAGGAGUGAAGAGAAGGUGGAAAAAGCUGAUGAGAAAUGAUGAUCCUUGACGAAUGUACUUAGCAAAUUACAAAUAGCGAAAAUGCGUAAAGUUUUUAUAAGGCGCUCUCAGUCAUGUUUCUUUAGUAGAAGAUAUAUGCUAUUCCUAAAUUAUGAUCAACAAUUGU